GAGCAUAGUCGAGCCUUAACAGCCGUCGUGAAAACAACUCAACAAACAACACAACUUAAAACCCCAAUCAUGGCACCUUCGAACAUGGAUUACCACAACGAGUCGGAAGUUGGCGAGAGCUACACCCACAAGAAGUUCAAAACCGCCGGCUAUACGCACAAAAAGUUUGGCAAGAAGAGCUCCAAGGAUAUCGCCCCCAACCCAGCCAAUGCCACGCCCCUAUUCCGGCCAUAUGCCCUCAGCGAAAAUACACCACGAAAGCGUCGCCAGGAGACGGAGCGAGAGGUUCAGCAGAUGCAGGAGCAACCAUUGUACCAUCACCACUCAUUGCCUCCCACACCACCAACCACGCCACCGCAGCACCAGCAACAUCCGCUUCCUGCCACCCAAGUUCCGGUAACCCAAAUUCCGGUCACCCAUUCGCCGGUCUUCAAUCACCAGGCAUACGCUUACAUGCUACAAAAGCAACGUGCCGUGCUCCAGAUGCGUCAACUGCUCAACAUCAAUCCGGAUGCCAACACCUGGCCACUGGAAUGGCGCCAGGCCCUCCAGGCUCUGCUGCAGCAAUGAGCUUGAUGCGCACAUAAACACAUUCGAAACGGAGUGAUUUGCUUAGCAACCAGUGAUAUAGACCUUUAAGUGACCGCGGACAGAUU